UUGACACUGACAGUUCUUGUUCAUAGUUCAUUUCAUAUUGAUCUUCAAUUUAAAAUGGAAUGUAAUGAAAAUGAAAAUAUUAAAGACUCUAGAAACCAAGACAUGUUAACACUUAUUAAAGAUGAAGGAAGUUCUCUAAAGAAAUAUAACAAUAUAGAAGUUAAAUCUGAACUAGAUAAAAUCAGUUAUGGAGCGUCUGCCUUAGAUGAGUAUUGUUCAGAGGGUAUUAAAGUAGAAAAUGAUUUAUUAGAAGAUGUAUCUGGUGAAAUUAAAGUUAAAAUAAAGGAAGAACUGGAGGAGUAUAGUAUUGGUGCUCCACAGGAUACUAUAUUGGAAGUUACAAUUACCAGACCAUUAUAUUAUCCCAAAGUACAUUUGAAAACUACUGGCGAAAGAUCAUAUGAAUGUGAAAUUUGUAAUAAGGUGUAUACUACAAAAAGUAAUUUAAAUACUCAUAUGAGAAUUCACACUGGUGAAAGACAUAACUGUGAAAUUUGUAGUAAGCAGUUUACUACAAAAGGUGCUUUAAAUACGCAUAUCAGAGUUCAUACUGGUGAAACACCUUAUAAAUGUGAAAUUUGUAAUAAGCAGUUUAGUCACAAAUAUUCUCUGGAUAAACAUAAGGUAGUUCAUACUGGUGAAAAACCUUAUAAAUGUGAAAUUUGCAGUAAGCAGUACGCUCAAAUAAAUAGUUUCAAUUAUCAUAUGAAAGUUCACAGUGGUGAAAAACCUUAUAAAUGUGAAAUUUGUAGUAAGCAGUUAACUACAAAACGUAGUUUAAAUGAUCAUGUGCUUGCUCACACUUGUGAUAGUCCCUAUAAUUGUGAAAUUUGUAGUAAGCAGUUUACUACAAAAGGUAGUUUAAAUAUUCAUAUGAGAAUUCACACUGGUGAGACACCGUAUAAAUGUGAAAUUUGUAGUAAGCAGUUCCAUCAGCUAAGUAGUUUAAAUAAUCAUAUGAGAAAUCACACUGGUGAAACACCUUAUAAAUGUGACAUUUGUAGUAAGCAGUUUCGUCAUCAAGGUAAUUUAGAUUAUCAUAUGAAAGGUCACACUAGUGAGAGACCUUACAAAUGUGAUAUUUGUCUUGAACAGUUUUCUCACAAAAGUACUUUAAAUAAUCAUAAUAUGGCAGUUCACAUGUAUGAAAAACCUUAUAAAUGUGAAAUUUGUAGUAAGCAGUUUACUAAACUAAGUAAUUUAAAGGAUCAUUUGAGAAUUCACACUGGUGAAAAACCUUACAUAUGUGAAAUUUGUUUUAAACAGUUUUCUCAUAAAAGUACUUUAAAUAAACAUAUGGCAGUUCACAUAAGUGAAAAACCUUAUAAAUGUGAAAUUUGUACUAAGCAGUUCACUUUAAUAAGUCUUUUAAAUGCUCAUAAAAGAGUUCACACUGGUGAAAGUCUUUAUAACUGUGAAAUUUGUAGUAAGCAGUUUACUAGAAGAUAUUGUUUAAAUAAUCAUAUGAGAACUCACACUGGUGAAACACCUUAUAAAUGUGAAAUUUGUAAUAAGCAGUUUAGUCACCUAAGCGGUUUUGAUUAUCAUAUGAGAGUUCACACUGGCGAAAAACCUUAUAAAUGUGAAAUUUGUACUAAACAGUUCAUUCUAAUAAGUCAUUUAAAUAUUCAUAAAAGAGUUCACAGUGGUGAAAAACCUUAUAAAUGUGUAAUUUGUAGUAAGCAGUUUAUGAAACUAAGUAAUUUAAAGAGUCAUAUGAGAAUUCACACUGAAGACAAACCUUAUAAAUGUGAAGUUUGUGAUAAGCGGUUUACUAUAAAAGGUAAUUUAAAUAGUCAUAUGAGACUUCACACUGGUGAAAAACCUUAUAAAUGUGAAAUUUGUAGUAAGCAAUUUACUCAAAAAAGUACUUUAAAUAGUCACAUUCAAGUUCACACUGAAAAAAGUCUUUACUAAUGUGAAGUUCGUAGGCAGCGUGCUUGAUUAUUUCAUUCAUAGGAGAUUCUUACCAAUAGAAAGCUACAGAAAUAAUAAUUACAGCGAUUAUUUCACUCAUAGGAGAUUCUGACCAAUAGAAAGCUACAAAAAUAAAAAUUAAAGUGAUAAUUUUUGAUAAUAUCCCGUUGUCAAGUGAUAUAUUUAGUAGUUAAGAUCUAAGGCUACUUAUGUCUAUCUUAGUUACUAAUGUUUUUUAUGGUGCUAGAUUAAUAUAACUGAUAAACUACUUAAAGUACGAACACGUUUACGUCGUACACCAGGUGUUAACGGUUUCACCCCGUAUGAGCUUAUGUUCGGACGAGAAACUAGAACGAAUCUUCAUGCAAUGUUAAGAAAACCAUGCAAACACACAACUUCCUUUCCAUCAGACAGGCCUACACCUGGUAGGGAAUUUGCCUUGGGAGACAGAGUUCAGGCUAUAAAGUACUGCAGUGAUCAACGAUGGGUAUUUGGAAAGGUAAUCAGACGCAUAGGUUACUUACAUUAUGAAAUACGAACAGAUGAUGGUCUACUUUGGAAACAUAUUAACUCAUUUCGAUCCGAGAAAACCUCUAAUCAUAGCCACGGAUGCUUCACCAACAGGACUUGGAGCAGUCCUUUCACACAUAGUUAAAGACGGCUCAGAAAGACCGAUAGCUUUUGCGUCAAGAACCUUAACCAAUGUCGAAAAGAAAUACAGUCAGAUUGAUAAGGAAGCGACUGCGAUAUACUGGGGUAUAAAAUUUUUUUUUUCAUUUUUGCUAUGGACGAAAAUUUACUGUGAUUACUGACCACAAACCGUUAACAUCAAUCUUUCAUCCCCACCAUAAUCUACCAGAACUGAGUACAAUGAGACUUUUUCAUUAUGCUCAUUUUUUAUCUGGAUUUGAUUAUGAUAUACAGUACAGAACAAGCACAAAAAAUUCCUACGGUUUCCUGUUGAGAACACAAAUACAUAUGAAGUAGAUCAACAUCUUCUUCUUCUUCUUUAAGUACCGUGCCCAAAUUUUUAGGCGUGGGUAGCUUCCAUAACAAUUUGCCGAUAUCGUUCUCGAUCUUGUGCGGCAUGUAACAAUUGAUCUGCUGAUAAGCCAGUCCAUUGAUGAAGGUUUCGGAGCCAUGAAUAUUUCUUCCGACCAAUUCCUCUUUUUCCGUCGAUCUUUCCAUUGAGUAUUAACUGCAGCAUCCUGUAUCUACUACCUCUCAUUAUAUGCCCGAGAUAUUCAAGUUUUCUCUUUUUUAUCAUCUUGGUUAAAUCACCUACGCCUUGACCUACUCUGUUUAAGACUUCUCUGUUUGAAAUGCGUUGAACCCAAGAUAUUCUGAGCAUUCUACGAUACGACCACAUCUCAAAGGCUUCUAAUUUGUUCAUCAUGUACAUGAAUCCUUCAUGAUCCAGGUUUCACAUCCAUAUAGUAGAUCAACAUGUAUACCAAAUACAACAAAUUCAGAUAUUAGAAAUUAGCCCAGAUAUUAUCGCUAAGGAGACAGAAAAUGAUAUCGAAUUACAGAAAAUAAUUAAAGCACUAAGAACAGGUCAAUCUCUGAAACAAUAUGGAUACCAAGACAAUGAAUUUAAAAAUGAAUAACCAUUUUCAAUUUCGUUGAAAACUUAGACACAAUGAAUUUAGAGGAACAAGGGUCGUAAUACCACAUAAAUUUCGUAAAUUUAUUCUUAACGAACUGCACGCGGGACAUAUUGGUAUAUUAAAGAUGAAACGAAACAACUAGCACGCAGUCAUGUCUACUGGAAAAAUAUUGAUAAAGAUAUUGAAGAAAAAGUGAAAGCAUGUAGAUCAUGCCGUUUAGAACAAAAUGAGCCAGCAAAGACACAUUUACAUCACUGGGAAGAGCCCACAGGUCCCUGGGAAAGAGUCCAUAUUGACUUUGCUGGACCAAUUUGUGGUUCUCAACUAUUCAUUGCGGUAGAUGCAUAUACAAAAUGGGUGGAAAUUAUAUCUACAAAGGUAACAACUAGCUCGUGGUGUAUACAAACGCUAAGACAAAUAUUUGCCACGUUCGGAAAUCCAUAUGUGCUGGUAUCUGACAACGGUCGAAAAUUUGUUUCAGCAGAAUUUAACAAAUUUCUAUCCAAUUGCGGUAUCACCCAUAGAAUUAUUGCUCCAUAUCACCCAGCAACGAACGGUCAAGCAGAACGAUUUGUACAAACUAUAAAAAGGACCCUGCGCAGUAAAUUUGUACUAACAUAAAUACAUUACAUAAAUUACAAUAAAAUUUUGGUUUUGAACAGUUUUAUUCAUGAAAUAAUCGUCACCAAUUGCACUCAAUCUCUAAAAUUAUUAUCGAAUUGUUUCCCUCGUGCCACUUUGACAUAAUUUCACUGCCCUUCGGGCCGUGAAAUUAAAA